UCCGACUUCCGGUUGUCGGGAUGAGGCAGGAGUGGAAAUUGUCGGACUGGAAGUGGAAGUUUAUUUCCCCGGGAUUCUUUGGAGGCGGGUGGGCGGCAUCAAAAGUAUUAGAUGAAAAGCCCCGCCUUCAAACAAUGCAAUGCUCUUUCUAUUCUUUUUUAAGUCUAGGAAGAAAGGACGAUUUUAGAUGGGAACUACAGCUCCCAGCAUGCCUUUCUUCCACGAACUAUCCUGUGUGAGGCCGCACAGUUCCCAGCAUGCUCCACAAUGGAGAGCGGGUGGAAAGACUACACUUCCCAGAGUGCCCUGGGAGUCACAGUCUAAAGUCGGGCAAAAUGGCUCCCGUGGAGCACGUCGUGGCUGAUGCUGGAGCUUUCCUGCGUGGAGCCCCGCUUCAGGUACAGUGGGAAAAGGCUGAGAGCGGCUGCCUAGCUUGGCUAGUGGCCCACUGGGGAGCCGCGCGAGAAAGGUCCACAGGCCCAGGUGUAUGCUUUACUUUGCGUAGAUUUUUGUUGGACCUGGAGACUUAUUAGGCCAUCCCGAGUAGAGAGAGAAAGCUGCCUAGACAGAGACUCUCCUUAGGGCGCAUGGCAGGUUGGGGUUGUGGGCUUGGAGAUUGUUCCCUAUCCCUUGACAGCUUCAGGCGGUUGGGGACACACACACACCCGUCUACCAAGCCAAGGUGGCUCCUUAGAAUGUUGCAUGGGACUCCUGGUGUCCCCUCCCUUGUUGCAGGUGGCCCUGUUAUGCUUCUCGGUAUGUGGGCAUCCCAGAACCCCCAGAUUAGCUUUUGCUCCUAGAGUGUGAUUAGUAGGUCAGGAGAGGUGUGGCCAUAGGUCUGCCUCUCUCUUCCCUAACCUAGUUGCACACCCACCCACCCCGGCCCAGCCCCCUUCCAGCCCUCAGGUUCCUGACCCACUUGCAACAGUCUCAGCUGUGUCUUCCCCACUGGCAGGACAUUGGCAAGAACAUCUACACAAUCCGAGAGGUGGUGACUGAGAUCCGAGACAAGGAGACCCGCAGGCGGUUGGCAGUGCUGCCCUAUGAGCUCCACUUCAAGCAGCCUUUUCCUGAAUAUGUAAGGCUUGGUGAGUAGCCUCUGCUUCGUGGUCUAUUCUUCCUGCCCCUCUCCCACCCCAUCCCCUCUUCCGUGACUUGCCUUUUUCUUUUUGUAAGUAACUUUGAGCUCUUGACUGGAGAGCAAAGGGUGGUAUUCAAUUCUAGUCCUACUCAGGGUAGACCCAUUGAGAUUAAUGGACAUGACUUACUUUCAUUAAUUUCAAUUGAUCUACUCUGGGUGGGGCUUUGUUGAGUAUAACCCCAACUAACAUGUGAUACACACACACACACACACACACAGUCAGGAGUAGAAAUCAAGUUGAUCACCUACAAUUGUUUCAUUGUUACUUGCUCUUUGAUAUGUUUUCCUAGUGCCCUCUGGAAUUAGAGAAGCACUUUUUCUCAUGAGCGGUUGUGAUUUCCUAGUUUUGCCUCUGGACUUAAACAGUGAAAUCCUCCUUUGUUUCUAGUGACGGAGUUUUCCAAGAAGACGGGUGACUACCCCAGUCUUUCAGCCACAGACAUCCAAGUUCUGGCCUUGACCUACCAGCUGGAAGCAGAAAAUGUUGGUGUGGCUCACUUGAAGAAAGAGCCAGAGCAGAAGGUGGAUCUUCCUUCUUUUAUGAUUUCUCUUUUGAAGGGGCCUUUUCCAGCAAAAUAUUUAUUUACUAUGAUGUUGGUUUUGUAUCCUGCUUUUCAGGCAAAUGUUUUCUUCCAAACAACUCACAUUAUUUAAAAGACAGACAGAGAGAGGUCCUGCCCUUAGGCUUACACACUUAAAAAAACAAGACACACAAGAGAAGGGGAAAUAAGGGAAGCGGGGGGGGGGGGGGGCUUGUUGACCAGAUGGAUAAUGCCAGGAACCAAGUGGUGGGGUGGGCACAGGCAUUACUAUCUAGUUGGGGCCAAGAUAAUAUUUCCUUGCUUGGAUAGAGAUGCUGUAAAUGACCCUGCAGCCCUUGUUCCCCUGGCUGAUGUCAGCAUUUGCUCCUUCCUUUCAGCUGUGCACUCCUAGGACAAUUGAAAAGGGUUCUUUCUGCCAGUGAGGAGGGAAGUCAACUCCCUCUGUGGCUGAUCGAGGAGGCCCCUUAUUGCAAUAUUCUUCCUAUCCAGUAGGAGGGGGCAAUCCAGUUCCACAUGAAUGCAGGACACUCUUGCCACCAGCUGCAUGUGUUAGCAACCUAUGUUUUGUCUUUGUCUGUUUCCUGCUGCUGCAAAUGCCAAACAGGCUGAUUAUGCACUGCCUGAAUCCUGUCCUAUGCUCUGCUGUGGCUUGAAUGCCAUUCUUCUUGCCAUUGCUGCUCAAAUGCUGAUCAGACUCUGGGAAGGUAGGUUUUGUGAGGCAGCUGCUGCUGCUGCAAAAAUCAACAAUAUGCCCUACCUGACCCACAUCCUACUUCCUUUUCUCUCCCCACCCUGGAUCCUUGCAGGUAAAACUCAGCUCAACAAAGCAGCACCCUGAGACACCUGUUCAUGUUGCUGGCUUCCAUCUACCUUCCAAGGUAAUUGCCUCUGUGAGCAAUCUGAAACUCUGCCCCACUAUUCAUGGAAGGAGUAGGAGCAGAGGGUAGCGCACCUUGAUGACUCACUGCCCCUCCCCUCCUCCUGGUUGCACGGGGUGUAAUCUGGGAAUGACCAGGUGUGCCAGUUGAGCCCUUGCGCUGGGAGUCCUUGAUAGGCAGCAUCUCCUCCUUGGCUUGUGUGAGGAUCCAGUGACCAUUCGGCAUCUACCAGAAGCCUAAAGGAAGAGGUAGCCACACACGGCUUUUCUAAGAGGGCCAUGGAGGAUGGGCAAAUUUCUCAGUGGUGGAGCACCUGCUUUGCCUGCAAAAGGUCCCAGGUUCAAUCCCAGCCAGCAUCUCCAGGUAAACACCCCAGAGAGUCAUUGCUGCCAGUCAGUGUAAGCAAUCUGGAGCUUCUAUAAGACUGUUUCUUCUGGCAAUUCAUACAUGUCAGCUUUUCUUCUGCCCAACUUUUCUCCUAGACCAAGUGCCCAGGAGGUGAGAAGAGUCCUUCCGUGGUGGGAAGCAGAAACUUUGCAGACUCCACAGGCCCUGAAACGUCUGAGUUUGGUUCCUUCCUGUUCUGGAGGAACCCUCUGCCCAGCAUUGAGGAGGACCUACAGGACUUGCUGGUAAGAAGUCUAGCAUUCUUUCCUUUCUUCCUGCCUCACUGGGACACGGGCACCACCUUCAUCUCCAUAGCCUGGGAAGGUUCCGUGCUCAGCGGAUCCUCUCCCAAUUGGUCUGUUUUUCGCAGAAAGCGGAUGCUGUUGUUAUUGUGCCGGAGGACCCCAAAGGCAACAAGAGUAGUGGUGAGGAAGAGGAGCAGAGUGGAGAGGACAGCGAUGACGAGGAAGGCUGGAUCACGCCUAGCAACAUCAAGCAGAUCCAACAGGGCAUGGGCCAGGCUGAAGAGCCAGCUGGUGUGCAGGUUGGCUGUGUCACCACCGACUUUGCCAUGCAGGCAAGUGUGGGCUGUGUGAGACCAGGUGGUUCCCAGGGCUUGAGGGGAGGGAGAAAGAUGUAUGCUUACCCUUUCAUCCUUGUAAGCCUCCUGCUACAUUCUUGUGCCUGCUACAGCUGCCUGGAGGCCCAGCAGAGGUUUUAUGGUCUAUGUUGGAAGAACAUGAUGAGAAUAGGAGGGACAGAAAGGGUGGCUCAUGAGCAGCAAGGGGUGACUUGGGUGGCAGCAGGAAGCUGAGAAGAGGGAAUGGAAGUGGUCAGGUGUAGAGCAGAGGGAUGAGAGAGAGAGACGAGAAGCUCCAGGAGGUGGACUGAAGGCAAACAGGCAGUGGGACAAAAACAGGAAGGGGAGAGGGGAAGCAGCGCUUUGUGCUCCGAGUUGGGCAACCUGGCAGACCUGAAGGAGAGGAAACUUGGGGCUCUCUUUCAACUGGAGAAGCUUGGUCAGCCCAGCAGCAAAAGAAGAGCAAACUUCCAAAGCCAGCAUUUUGUGUUUUUUAAAAAGGAGAGCAAGCAUUGCCUUAUUUUAGCUCCAGCCCUUUCCAAGACCCCGGCCUAUGGAGUAUCCAAAGUCUGUUGAGAGGGACUUGCCCUGCACCAGCAUCAUGGGGGCACAUUGGGUGCUGAUUGGGCUCCCCUCCCCUUCUCUGGUCUCUUUCCCACAGAACAUUCUGCUGCAGAUGGGCCUGCAUGUGUUGGCAGUCAAUGGCAUGCUGAUCCGGCACACCCGGAGCUACGUCCUGCGCUGCCACGGCUGCUUCAAGUAUGUGAUGAGUUGGUGGCUGGGCUGCAAUCUCUGGCAUAUGGGCAACAGCUGGGCCUGUGUCUAGCUGUAUUCAGGAGAUGCCCCCUGGGCUUGGGCAAUGGGCUGCUGCCAAGGUUGUCAAGCCACUGACUGGCUUCUCUGCUUUCCUCCAGAACCACAUCAGAAAUGACCCGGCUCUUCUGCCCCCACUGCGGGAACAAGACGCUUAAGAAGGUGGCGGUGAGCGUAGACGACGAUGGCACCAUCCACAUGCAUUUUUCCCGGAAUCCCAAGGUCUUGAACCCCCGUGGCCUCCGGGUGAGCAGCUCUGCUCUGGGCUCCAGUGCUCUUAUGGGCUUUCCGCACUUGUUGUCGUCUCUGUUGGCUGCCCGUGCUCCCAGCUGAGCACCUGAGGCAAGAAGUAAGAGUCUGCAGCAGGCCAUGAUGGCCUCUGGGGCCAGCAGAAGAAUCUUCUCUGGGUUUAUUUAUUUCCUCCCAAUGGCAAAAGUUCUGUGGCCAGUUCUAUCCAGUGUAGCAUUAAGGAACUUGAUCCACUAGCACAACGAUUUAUGGUUGUGCAACAAAAUUUCCCCCUGCAUGUGUCCUACGCCUUCCCAAAUCUUCUCCAAAGAGUUGAGGGAACCCCAUAACAGAUUAUGGGGGGAGAAGAUGUGGGGGUGUCCGUUGUGCAGCUGUCACUCCUCAUGCUACGACCAUGAGUGGAUUGGAUACCACUGUAAGUAAAAAUGUAAAACCGUAACUUGGAAAAAAUACAGCAAGGAUGAAAGUCAAGUGUGAGAUGCCUCUCCCUGUCAGGGGGGUGGGGCAGGGUGUAUUGGGCCUUUUGGCUUCACAGUGUGCCUCUUUCUUUCCACAGUACUCUCUUCCAGCUCCUCAGGGUGGGAAACACGCAAACAAUCCCCACCUGACAGAGGACCAGCACUUCCCCCAGCAACGGCUCUCUCGCAAGGCCAGGCAGAAGACAAACGUAUUUGACCCCGAUUAUAUUGCAGGAGUUUCUCCAUUUGCGGAAAACGACAUCUACAGCCGGGCGGCCAAUCUACAGAUCCGGGAUACGGCGCUGGGUGCAGGCAGGAGGCGUCUGAACCCCAACACAGCCUCCAAAAAAUUUGUGAAAAAGAGAUGAGGUGGGGAGAGAUGCAACCACCCACCUGUCCCACUUGUCAAUGAAGGGAGGACAAGUCUUUUGUUUCCUACAGCUUGUGUGAAGGCAGGACUUUGCCCCUUGGCGCUACUUCCUGACUGCUUCCAAGGCAACAGACAUUAGUGUGAAUAAACGGCAAGCAGCAGGAAGGUGGGAGGCAGACUGACAAAGUGAUCUGGAAAGUGAGAGUGGCCCUCGUGUGGCAGAAUCCAUGUGCUGCGCUCAGGUCUUGGGUGCAUUCUAAUGCAAAAGACUCAGCAGCGGUGGCUGCAUGUUUUGUUUUGUUUUUUAAUAAACCAGGGUGUCUGCACA